AAUUUCCGCACCUACACACACACACACACACACUAAAGUACAUGAUCGGUUUUAAUUUCAGGUUGGGGUUUUUUUGCGGAGAAUAGUUCCACUUCCACCGUGGGGAAUAUCACAUGUUGCACAAUCAUUCUGGGCUGCUCGGGUUUACAGCUACAUGAGAGCGGUGGAAGGAAGCGGUUGCAUCUACCGGCCGGAGGCAGCGAGGUGACCUAUGAUGAAGUCCGUCCUGUUUAUGGAGAGUUUGCUUGCGUUGGUACUGACUGUCGUGGCCGUCCCACCAAUUGAUCCAACCCUGACAGAAGACUGGGAGAACUGGAAGCUGAUAUACCAGAAGCAGUAUGCAGAGGAAGGAGAAAGUGUCCGAAGAAUGGUGUGGGAGAAAAACUUCAGGUUCAUUGAGUAUCAUAAUAUGGAAUAUCUGAAGGGUAAACACACCUAUGAUCUUAGGAUGAACCAGUUUGGAGCUUUGACCGUGGAGGAAUUCAAUCAGCAGAUGAACGGGUUCCAUCCUCACAGUCCCAGAAACUCAUCUCAACACCUUUUAAGGAUUCCGGACUUGGAUGAGAUUCCAAAGAGAGUUGACUGGCGCAGCAAGGGGUACGUCACUCCCGUGAAGAACCAGGGAAGCUGUGGAUCGUGCUGGGCCUUCAGUUCAACUGGAGCGCUGGAAGGACAGACCUUUAAGAUGACAGGAAAACUCAUCUCGCUGAGCGAGCAGAACCUGGUCGAUUGUUCAACUAGCCAGGGGAAUUCAGGAUGUAGUGGUGGAUGGAUGGAAAAUGCCUUCUUGUAUGUACAUGAUAACGAUGGAAUUGAUACUGAGGUUGGAUAUCCCUACACUGGCAAAGAUGACCCCUGUGCUUAUAAACUCAAGUACAAAGCUACCAAUUGCACCAAUUACUAUUUUGUUGACCAAGGCAAUGAGAGGGCUCUAGCUCAAGCUGUGGCCCGCAACGGACCAGUAUCUGUUGCCAUCGACGCCACACAUUCAUCCUUCCAGUUCUACCAUUCAGGUAUUUAUUAUGAACCGGAAUGUCAAACUGAACUUAUGAGUCAUGCUGUUCUGGUCGUUGGCUAUGGAAGAAUACAUAAGCUGAACUACUGGAUUGUUAAAAACAGCUAUGGCGUUGACUGGGGAAAUGAGGGCUACAUUUUAAUGUCCAAAGACAGAAGCAACAAUUGUGGAAUCGCAACACACGCAGUCUUCCCAGUGAUUUAACGUCUGUUCCACAGUCCGAAACGCAACCUGGGUGUUGCGGCUCCCACUGUGUGUGUGUGUGUGUGUGUGUGUGUGUGUGUGUGUGUGUGUGUGUGCGUGCGUGCGUGUGUGUGUGUGUGUGUGUGUGUGUGCGUGUGAUACUGAGAGAUUGUUACGUUGUUUUAAUUACUGUUGCUUCAGUUUAAAUUGAAUCACAACCUAUAAUUGUCUGUGGUGAUAUUAACAUAACCUGUCGUUCCUGGAAGUGGAAGCUCAGUUCUAUCUAACGGGUCUUGAUGAUGUAAUUUGUGUGACCACUUUGGAACAGAGUACACAGCCCUGCCGGCCAGGGCAUUGCUCAUCUCUCUCUCCCUUAAAGGGAGCAGCUUGCCUGGUGAACUUUGACACAGAAGGAGGCCAUUUGGCCCUUUGGGUCUAUGUUGACUCCUAGUGGAGCAAUUCCAUCAGUCCCAUUCCACUCCUAAUUUUCCCUGCAACCGACUCUCUCUCUCAUGAGCUCACAAACCCCUUUGAUUUUUUUUUUGUUAUUUUACAGCACUAACAGUAAUUUCCAAAUAAGCCACUAACCUACCAGCAAUAAAAACAGAACAUGCUGGAAAAACUCAGGAGGUUGGGCAGCAUCUGUGGAGGGAGAAAUAGAGAUACACUUUCAGGAAUACAUGGUAUAUUAUUGGAAUGUGGGAAGAAACCCAUGAGACCACAGGGAGCAAAGGAGGUCCGGAUCAACUGUGGGACACUGGAGCUGUGAGGUAACAGCUCAACCAGUUGAAUUCCUAAGGCCAGCUUUAUAGGAGGUUCUAACUCUGUCAGUCCUCCAGUUGUCUACACGCUGCCUUUUACAAUGUUUACUCUAUACGUAUUAAUAAACAUGAUUACCCAAAA